AUGCAGUGCCUCCUGCUCGCCCUGGGUCUGGCCCUCGUGUGUGGCGUCCGGGCCGCCACCGUCCCCCAGACCGCGGUGGACCUGGAUAUAAGACAGGUGGCCGGGACGUGGCACUCUGUGGCCAUGGCGGCCAGCGACAUCUCCCUCCUGGACUCGGAGAUCGCGCCUCUGAGAGUGUACGUCCAGGAGCUGAGACCCACCCCCCAGGGCAACCUGGAGAUCAUUCUGCACAAACGGGAAAACCAGGCAUGCAUCGAGGGGAGCAUCAUGGCCCAGAAGACUGAGGACCCAGCAGUGUUCAUGGUCAACUACCAGGGGGAAAGAAAGAUUACCGUGCUGGACACUGACUACACCCACUACAUGUUUUUCUGCAUGGAGGCCCCAGCGCCCGGCGCUGAGAGUGGCAUGGUGUGCCAGUACCUGGCCAGGACCCUGAAGGCGGACAACCAGGUCAUGGAGAAAUUCAACAAGGUCCUCCAGACUCUGCCCGUGCACAUCCGGCUCUUCUUCGACCCGACCCAGGUGGAAGGUGAUCACCUCCACACCCCGCACCCCUGCUUUCAUCCUGUAGCAGUGCCGCGUCUAGAUGAGCUCCUGCCCGACCCGUACCCGCCUGGGGGAAUGCUUUACACAGGACCCAGAGUCCCCGACAGAAGAGGCAGAGUGACGGGGGCAGCCGGGGGUCACCGGCAACGGGACGCAGGAGCAUCACAGCCCGACGGAGAGGAUGGCGAGCGGGCCCCGGGGACCUCCGUGACUGCAGCCCCGACCAAGCCACCUUCGGGCAAAGGAAAUUGCUCCGAUGACAGUCCCUGA